AUGGUCGAUCCAUCUGGAGUGAAACAAUCUGCUGAUGGUAAAUUUCAACUGCUCUUAUGCGGAGUUUGUCACAAAAGGAUUCGCAAGGGAAAACGACCUGCUCUCAGUCUUGCGAACCGUACGUUUUUAGGAGAUGUACCUGAUGAAUUGAAGGAUCUGACAGUCGUCGAGGGAAGCGAUGAUUGCUCGCUGGUGUGCAAAGUGCUGGAUUGUUCAGACCUGCAACUUUCUACUAAUCAACGCGGGAUUAAGGGUCACAUAAUUAUCUAUCCUCAGUGCCCGGAAGGGAUUGCGAAAGUCUUACCUCCACCUGUGGCUGAUAUUAUCACUCCGAUCUGUGUUAUUUUUGUAGGCUCAUGUCCUCCAACUCGCGCAUGGCUUGAAGAAAAGGCGAAGCCUUUGAUAGCUCGUAGAGAAAAGGUUCGCGCUGCAUUAGUUUGGCUGAAAACACACAAUCGUUUGUAG